CAGGUACUGACUAUUUCCAGUGACUAUUUGUUAUGUUGAAAUGUUUCGGAUUGUAACUAGACCACAGACUCAAUGAGGAUGAUUGGAAACAAUUGUGACUCAUUUUCAUAACAGUGAAUGUAUAGUUAGAUUUGUCAGUAAACUUGCUUAAAAGAAAUGACAACUUAGAACUGAAAGAAGGAACUAGCUAUGACCAUGACAGCUACAGCAUUUAUUAUGUACAGUCUCGCCAAUAUUGUAGGAAUACUUCUGUUCUGGCUUUAUAAAAAGAGAGACAAGAGAGAGAAAAAACCGUCAGAAUCUGAGGAAUUAGAAAAUGCAACAGUUCGUAAAAGACGUUUAAAACAUCAGCCAUCUUUACUUGCCUUGUUGGGUCUUUCACAUACAUAUAACGACAGGUCAUUUUGUGCAAUAGAAGAUCAUUUUCAUAGUUUUACAGAAGUAAGUGAGGCAUGUAAGCGAGCAGGAUUGGAGAAGUGUGGUUUGAUCAUUGGCAUUGAUUUUACAGCAAGCAAUGAGUGGCAGGGACGCAAAACAUUCGGAAGUCAGUGCCUUCAUAAAGUCAUUCCAGGAAGGAUUUAUAAUCCAUAUCAAAAAGUGGUGUCUAUCAUUGGUCAAACACUUGAACCGUUUGAUGAUGAUAAUCUUAUUCCUACUUAUGGAUUUGGAGAUGCAUCAACUAAUGAUGAAGACGUGUUUAGUUUCCAUAGCAAUGGAAAUGCAUGUAAAGGAUUUUCAGAAGUUUUGCAUAAAUAUAAUGAAUAUGCAACAAAACUUCAGUUUAGUGGACCAACAAAUUUCGAACCAAUUAUAAACAAAGCAAUAGAAAUUGUAAAAUUACGGAAAUCAUAUCAUAUACUAAUUAUCAUAGCAGACGGUCAAGUUACGGAGGAAUCACGAACUAUUCAGGCCAUCGUUAAGGCAUCGGAAUAUCCUCUGAGUAUUGUUGUCGUUGGUGUUGGUGAUGGCCCAUGGGAUAUUAUGGAAGAUUAUGAUGAUUUUUUACCGAAUAGAAAAUUCGAUAACUUCCAGUUUGUAAAUUAUCAUUCUGUUACGUCCAAAACAAAAAACCCUGAUGCAAGUUUAGCGUUACAUGUUAUGAUGGAAAUUCCACAUCAGUAUAAGAUUAUAAAAGCUUUAGAUUAUAUAGAAACAAUACAAACUGUCAAGUCAGAUCUAUGACAUACAAAAGGUUUAGAUUAUAUGGAAACAAUACAAACUGUCAAGUCAGAUCUAUGACAUACAAAAGGUUUAGAUUAUAUGGAAACAAUACAAACUGUCAAGUCAGAUCUAUGACAUACAAAAGGUUUAGAUUAUAUGGAAACAAUACAAACUGUCAAGUCAGAUCUAUGACAUACAAAAGGUUUUAUUUUUAUGCCUCAUCUAUAGAGUAGGGUGCCAUUAUGUUUUUAGGACUGCAUUGGUCCAUUUGUUAAUAUGUUCCAAACAAUGUUAAAGUUUUGGUAAUUUACCAACAAGCAGUUGGCACAUCUACUUGACACUUUGAACAGGUGUUCAUCAUUGUGUUCUGAACUUUUUGAAAAUAUGAUCAAAUAAGGGUUUUGACCCAUUUUCAUGGUUCAUCAAUAAGGUUAAAGUUUUUGUUUAAGAUACUGUUGCUUACCAUGAAACUUAGAAUACAUGCUCAUGAUGAUGUGAAUUUAAACUACACAUGCAUACAUGUAUAUGCAAAAUUAGCAUUUGGAACCAGAUUUCACUCAACAUUUAAAUGUGAUAGUGGGACAUAGUGUUCUAUUGACACACAUUCUUGUUACUAUUUGAUCAUCCAUGUGCAUGUAGUCAUAAACUGAACAUUUUAUAUCAAUCUAUCUAUAGAUUUGGAUGAAAUUAUCUCCCCUUUUAAAAUUGUAAAUGUUCUAAAAAAAUAUAGAAAGAGAGAGUUUAAGUUUACAAUAGUCUUCCAAAACACUGACGGUAGUAGACACAAUCAAAUUGUACAUUUAAUGUGAAAGUAAUCAAAGAUCUUGUUGAUGUUAGUUUUUGUCGAGCCUGCGACUUUUGUCGCAGAAAGCUCAACAUAGGGAUAGUGAUCCGGCGGCGGCGGCGUUAGCUAACUUCUUAAAAGCUUUAUAUUUUAUAUUAUAUGGAAGACCUGGAUGCUUCAUACUUUGUAUAUGGAUGCCUCAUGUUACGAAGUUUCCGUCAGUCACAUGUCCAAUGUCCUUGACCUCAUUUUCAUGGUUCAGUAACUACUUGAAAAAAAAGUUAACAUUUUUUGUAAUGUUAAAUUCUCUCUUAUUAUAAGUAGUAGGAUAACUAUAUUUGGUAUGUGCGUACCUUUCAAGGUCCUCAUGCCUGUCAGACAGUUUUUACUUGACCUCGACCUCAUUUCAUGGAUUAGUGAACAAGGUUAAGUUUUGGUGGUCAAGUCCAUAUCUCAGAUACUAUAAGCAAUAGGUCAAGUAUAUUCGGUGUAUGGAAGGACUGUAAGGUGUACAUGUCCAACUGGCAGGUGUCAUCUGACCUUGACCUCAUUUUUGUCGAGCCUUCGACUUUUGUCGAAAAAGCGAGACAUAGCGAUCCUACAUUCCGUCGGCGUCUGCGGCGUCCACAAAUAUUCACUCUGUGGUUAAAGUUUUUGAAAUUUUAAUAACUUUCUUAAACUAUCCUGGAUUUCUACCAAACUUGGACAGAAGCUUGUUUAUGAUCAUAAGAUAAUAUUCAAAAGUAAAUUUUGUAAAAAAAAAAAUUCCAUUUUUUCCGUAUUUUACUUAUAAAUGGACUUAGUUUUUCUGCCAGGAAACAUUACAUUCACUCUGUGGUUAAAGUUUUUGAAAUUUUAAUAACUUUCUUAAACUAUCCUGGAUUUCUACCAAACUUGGAAAGAAGCUUGUUUAUGAUCAUAAGAUAGUAUCCAGAAGUAAAUUUUGUAAAAAAAAUUCCAUUUUUUCCGUAUUUUACUUAUAAAUGGACUUAGUUUUUCUGCCAGUUAACAUUACAUUCACUCUGUGGUUAAAGAUUUUAAAAUUUUAACAACUUUCUUAAACUAUACUGGAUUUGUACCAAACUUGGACAGAAGCUUGUUUAUGAUUAAAAGCUAGUAUCCAGAAGUAAAUUUUGUAAAAAAAAAAAUCCAUUUUUUCCGUAUUUUACUUAUAAAUGGACUUAGUUUUUCUGCCAGUUAACAUUACAUUCACUCUGUGGUUAAAGUUUUUAAAAUUUGAACAACUUUCUUAAACUAUCCUGGAUUUGUACCAAACUUAGACAGAAGCUUGUUUAUGAUUAAAAGCUAGUAUCUAGAAGGAAAUUUUGUUCCAUUUUUUCCGUAUUUUACUUAUAAAUGGACUUAGUUUUUCUUCCAGUUAACAUUACAUACAGUCUGCAGUUUAAGUUUUUAAAACAUUUAUUAGAUUCAUAAACUAUCUUGGAUUUUUACCAAACUUGGACAGAAGCUACUUACAAUCAAAAGAUAGUAUAGAGAGGAAUAUUUUUAUCAAUUUUUUUCCUCAUUUUUGCUGAGCCUGUGAUGAACAGCAAAAAGUAGGCGAGACACUGGGUUCCGCGGAACCCUUACGAAUUUUCAUGGUUCAGUGGUUAUAGUUUUUGUGUUUUGGUCUGUUUUUCUUAUACUGUAUGCAAUAGGUCUACUAUAUUUGGUGUAUGGAAUGAUUGUAAGGUGUACAUGUCUAGCUGGCAGGUGUCAUUUGACCUUGACCUCAUUUUCAUGGUUCAGUGGUCAAAGUUAAGAUUUUGAGUUUUGGUCUUUUUUUCUAAUACUAUAUGCAAUAGGUCAACUAUAUUUGGUAUAUGGAAAUAUUUUAUUAUCUAUAUGUCAGUCAUACAGGUUUUAUUUGACCUUGACCUCAUUUUCACAGUUCAUUGCACAGUGUUAAGUUUUUGUGUUUUGGUCUGUUUUUCUUAAACUAUAAGUAAUAGGUCAACUAUAUUUGUUGUAUGGAAGAAUUGUUAGCUGUACAUGCCUGCCUGGCAUGGUUCAUCUGACCUUGACCUCAUUUUCAUGGUUCAUUGGUCAAUGUUUAGUUUUCUUGGUUAAUGUUAAGUUUAUGAGACAGUUGUAAUAAAGCUUUAUAUUUAGGACUUUCAACAUAAUAUCAGUGAUUAGUAAAGAAGGCGAGACAUUUCAGCGUGUGCACUCUUGUUUUAAUUUAUUUUUAAAGUGCCCGUCUUUGUAAGAAUCAGGCAAUUUUGAAAAAAAUCAAAACAUGGCAGAAAAAAACCCACUGACCUUACCAUCCUCUUUUGAAGUUAUCCUCAUCCUGAGUAAGAAAUGGUAGGUCUUUCGUUUCUGCGUGUCUGGUUAUUCAUGAAGUCUCUAGAUAACUUUUGGUUAGAAUGAUAGCAAAUUAUGGAGUUAGCUCCCCUUAAUUAUUAAUUUCUAAUGCAUUUCAACCAAAUUAUAUCUUGAAUUACCAGAACAGGAAAAGGAAACAAAGGUUAUCUUCGUGCACCAUUAUUCCUUUUAAACAUAAAUAAAUGUAAACUUGAGUGGGUUUUUGUUUGUCAUGUUUUCACCACUGCCUUUUUCUUAGGCAGAUUGGCACUUUAAUAAUAAAUUGACUUUGUUGAUAUAUGCAACGGUUUAAAAUAAUCAAAAUAGUAAAAACGCAGUGCCUGCUAGUAAUUAUUUGGUAAAAUGAAUUGAAACAGAUAUUUUUUGUAUUUUUUUUUUUUUUGUAUUUUUUUUUUUUUUUAUUUUUUGGGGGGGGGGAUUGAGUUAAUGAGUCAGUAUCACGAAAGCAGAAAAAAACAAAUAUAGGGUUAUGAUGGGGUCUUCAACAGUGUGUUAAUCAUGAAUCAAGCUGUUUAGUUAUCAUGAAGGUCAAUACAAAUUAAUGAUAGCACAGUUGCAGUGUAUGUAAAAGAAAAUUGAUUUGCUUGUAAAUCGUGAUUGUUAUGUACUGUAAAGCAAUACAAGAUUUAUGGUGUUACUUGACAGUUAUAUAAAAAUACUUAUAACUGGUAACAUUUGGUAUUUGACACUUCAUUUGUAACUCUUUUAUAGAUCUGAAUGUACUCUAUGUAUGUAUAAUGCAAAAACAAUCAAUUUAUUUAAGACUUAAAAGACCUUUGCAAGUAGAAAAAUCUGGGACUUUUAUACUAACUAGUUAUUAUAAUAAAUUAAUAUAAUAGUCCCAGGAAAAUUCAAAUUAAGGAAAAUAUAAAUUGUUGCAAAUAUGUCGGACUUUAAUCUUCUUAAUAUUAUGAAUUCACCAACAGAGUAAACAAAAAUUAAAGAUAAAUCACCAAAGAUUUUGUUACAGACAUUCAUGAAAAUAUUGAUUGCGAUCGACAAUAAGUUGGAUUUAGUAUUUUUGCACAGGCACUGUUAAACAUUUUAAACAUUUUGAAUUUUUUUUUUUAGAAAUUACCUAUAUAAUUGCUACAAUAUCUUUUUUUCAACCUGACAGGGAAAUGAAUGUGUUUGGAUGUUUUUGUAUUACGUUUUUAACUUCCCAACUUUCCAUAGCGCUGGCUUUUACCUUUGAUUAGAAAACACUUCCAAUUUCAAAUGUUGUCACCAAAACAUGACCGCUUAACAUUCAGCGUACCCUAGCUUUAAAAUUUCCUGCUGACUAAUUUAAUGAGUCCCAUGUUGAAACAGAGGGAUUCCAUAUUCUGUAAGCAGUUGCUCACUUUGACUUGAUUCUUCUUUACAAAUUGAGAGAUGUUUGGAUGGUUGAUUAAUUGGUCUCCUACAAAUUACUAUGGGUUAUUUAAGUACUACUUCUGAUGUUUGUUAACAUCAGUCCAGCUAAAUGGUAAAAUGUUCAAACCCUACAGACAACAAAAAAUCAAGGGAGGAUAACUGUGAUCAAGGACCAAUUUCAGUAAUAAACUUUUUUAAGAAAUGACUGCAUUAUGUAAAAUACACAAAUGUUUUACUUGAUAUGAAUUCUAGGUUUAAUCUUAAGAACAAGAAUUUUUCUUGGGUGUGAAAGCAGCCAGCUUUCAUAAUUAAGUUGUGAGCUACAUUAAUUCUAACUAAAUAGUCCCUCUGGAACAAUCUUAAUAAUAAAAAUAGUAAGAAGUAAAUGUGACAAUAUUAAUUACCAUAACCACAUAGUAAAUUUACCGUGGAGUUUUGAUGUAUCUUUUAUUAUCUGACGGCAGAACUUAAUUAUACCAAAUCCAUAGAUUUAUCCCACAAUAAUACAACAGGCACAUUUGUUUUCUAUAUAAUUUGAUGCUAGAAUUGAUAUAAUUAUUUUAAUAAUGGAAAUGUUUGCCUGUCGUUCCAAUGUUCUUUCAUAUUAAUUGUUUUGGAUUUUAUUGCCUGCGAAUAUUGAUGAUAUCUAAACAUAGAAAGUGACCAGUACAAAGUUCAUGGUGUUAGAAAUGAUGUUCAGAACUAACAAAGGCAGGAAUAUUACAGCUGUUUUCUAUUCGUUUGAUGUGUUUGGUCUUUUGAUUUUGCCGUUAGUUUACAUGUUAAGGGACUUUUCGUUGAGAAAUUUCCUUGGAGUUCGGUAUUUUUGUAAAAAAAAAUCCUCCUUAACUGUAAUGUACUCUGUCUUUAAAAAAAUACCCAUUGGAAAUCCUUGUAUUCAAUUUUAUUUUAAUCCAGUAUUAAUUAAAAAAAAUAAUAUGUUCCUUUAAAAGUUUAUCACAAAGUAUACAUGGUGAAAUCUAUACAAACAUUAAAAUUAAGGAAUGAAAAAGAUUGUUUUUAUAGAACAAUAAUUUAUAGUAUAAUUGUUAUGUGAUAUAUCAUUUUAAAGCUAAGGUUCUAUCAUCUGUAACUGGUUUACUUAAAUAUGUAUAUGAAUAAACCUAUACAUUAGUGCUCCCUAGCUAGUCACUGUUGAUUUCAAUGAAACAUUUAAACAAUUUUAAGUACUUCAUGGUACUUUUAACAUCUUGCAUAAUAUUUUUAUGUCCCCGCCGUAGUGGAGGGGGCAUAAAGUUUUACCCUUGUCCGUCUGUACUUAUGACGUACGUCCCAACAUUGGUUUCUGUUCUCUAACUUAAGUUUGCCUCAACCAAAUGUUAUGAAAUUUAUACACAAUGUUUAUUACCACAAAACACAGAUCAAGUUUGAAUUUUGGUGGCAUCACUUUUACCUUUCUAGAGUUAUGCCCCUUUACAAAUGGACAAAUUGCUGAAUUUUUCGUUUCCGUUCCCUAACUUUAGUUUGCCUCAACCAAAUAUUAUGAAACUUAUAGACAAUGCUGAUUACCACAAAACACAAAUCAAGUUUGAAUUUUGGUGGUGUCACUUUUACCGUUCUAGAGUUAAUGCCCCUUUUAAAAUGGAAAAAUUGCUGAAUUUUUUGCUUCCAUUCUCUAACUUUAGUUUGCCUCAACCAAAUGUUAUGAAACUUAUAGACAAUGCUUAUUACCAGAAAACUCAGAUCAAGUACAAAUUUGGUAAGCGUCACUUUUACAGUUCUUGAGUUAUGUCCCUUUAUAAUGUUAUAUGCAAGCGGGGCCAUCAUCUGCUGUGCCCCAUGGACACAUUCCCCAUUUAUUUUAUCUUAAUGAUCUUUGGGGGUUUUCCAUGUUAAAAUAUGAAUAUUUUAUAUCUAGAUAAUUAAUCAAUACAUGUAACUUUAAUUCAAUGACAUUAACUUCAAUUUUUUCUUAUAAUGCAAAUGUCAGCUAUUAUUUUUCUGAUCACAAUGAUUUUAGUCAGUUUAUGGGUUUUAAAUGUAAAUUUAACUUGAGAGAUGAAUAACUCUCGAUAUUCUCAAUUUUGUUAUUCAACCAGGAAUUUUUAAGUAAUCACAUUUGAAAAUCAUUCUAUAUAAAUAUUUUAUUAGUUAAUUUUAUCAUAUAUAUGUGAUAUACAGACAGAAUGUCAGUUAAUUAUUUUUAACACUGGAUUAUUAUCAGAAUAUUUAUGAUUGUUCUGAGAGUUAUCAAUAUAAAAUAAUUAAAGUAGAUGCAUUUAAAUCUGUCAUGAAUUUAUGAGUGAUAUACCCAGAACCAGUAUGUGUCCAAUGCAUGUGGUAUUAAACUCAUAAGUUUUAUGCGUAUUUAAGUUCAGAAGUGAGUAUUUUUUUUGCAUUUAUAAUAUUCUGCAUAUUUCCUGUCAAUGGGUUUGGGGGUAAUAUGAUAACGUUUUACCAUUAUAUGAUCUUGGUUUCCUUUCUUUACACUAGACAUUAAGCAACCAACAAUCAAUCAAUCAAUCCUUUCUUUAAAAACCUGAUUAGGCUAAUGAGAGUAAUUGCUUGAAUUUGAUGCUGACAAUUUUGUCUUAUUUUAAAAUGUACCAUGUCCAUUUUCCAAUGACAGCUUUCUAUUUUUCAAAUUUAUAGAAAUAACUCUUGCUCAAAUUAUGUUAAUCUAAAACUCUAUUGUAGAAGACCCUUUGUUGACCUCUAUAUAGGAUAUUUGUGUUGAUGGGUAACUGUCUGAUUGAUGUUUACCAGGGAUCUGUGAUUAAUCCUUAAAGAAUGACAUUGUCUGGUCAGAUUUUUAUGCAAAUCUAUAUUUCAGUCAAAAUCUCUAAGACAAGUACAGAGAAAUAUUCUAUCUUGACAACCCAGCUCUUAACAUUGUGUCAUGUCUUAUUAUCAAAGCUGUUUUAGAAGUUUUUUCUUUUUUGAAAAUUAUGAAGAAUUAAUUAAAGUGAUUUUAUCAGAAAUAUGUUAUCCAUAAUUAAAUUUUCUAUCUGCAUUUUUCUAUAAUAUUUGAUUUAAAUGACCACAAUGGAUUUGAUACUUUGUAAUUGUUUUAUUUAAGUGACAUGUUUUGUCAAGUUUUGGAGCCUGAAGUAUCAUGCACGCUUGGCUCAGUUGCUUAUUAAAGAAGUAAUUAUUAUGUCCAUAUUAUUUAUAAAUAGAUCACUACUAAUUUACUUUAUGUUUGUUACAGGGAAGGUAUGAUUUAAGUUAAAACAAAAUUUCAGCUACAACUAUCCUGCAUUCAAAUAUUUUAUGCAUAUGUACUUUAAUAAACCAUUCCAGUGUUAUUUUGAAAUAUAUAUUUUUGCCUGUGUUACAUGUAAAGCCAUCAAAUGACAGAUUGAUUCAGUUAAAUAGCAAAGCUAUGAUAAAUCUUUGCUACAUGACUAUAAAUGCAUAUAAAUAAUGUGGUGCACAACCAUUGCCCCAAAAAAUAUUCACACAUAAGGUGCAUUUUGUGGUUUUCUAUUCAUUUGCAAUUUAAUAUUUGGGCAAUGCAUGUCAACCUAGCCAAAUGUUUUCAUUUUUGAUAAAUUUCUGAAAAAUCUCUGUAUUUAAGGCUUUGUCUAACCAAUCAAUCAUUUUUCAUACAUUUCCUUUUAUUGACUGAUCUGUAUAAAUAUCAGAAUUUAAGGCAGCUCAAACUUUAACUAAUAUGAAUUUAAAUUGAACUGCAAAUCAUACUUUUUAUUUAAUGGAAAUUUGAAAAAAAGUUUAUAGUUUAGUAAAUUUUUAAAUUUUGGACAGAUAUUAUAUACUUAAAACAUUAACUUUAAUAGGCAAAUUGUAUUUAUUAAACAUCUUUUAUGGCAUUUGGAAUUUAAUUGAUAAUGUUCAUCAUUGAAGAAAGAUGUAGAAAUGUACAGGUUAAGGGGAGAUAACUCAUUUUUGUUUUUUCUCAAAGUGUAAUUCCAUUGUCUUGUUUUACAUCUCAGGAACUUACCUAAAACUUUCUGUUCCUGUGUAGAUAAAUCUGUGAUAUUUUUCUUGUUUUGUUAUUUGUGUGAUUUAUGAUUCCUGAUUAUUUAAAAUAAAUCAUUUUUUUUUA